AUGUUCUUUGGAACCCCCCACAUCGGCAGCGAUUUCGCGAGCUGGGGGGAUACAGCCGCGAGGUUCGUCAAGUUACUCAUGCCUGAGACCAACAGAAAAGUCUUGAAAGGCUUGAGAGAGAAUGACUGGGUAUUGAGCGACAUUGACCAGAGAUUCAGGGAUCUGGUUCUGGGAAUGGACGGUUCAAUGAAGAUUCAUUCUUUCCAGGAAGCGUGUGCAGCGAUAGGCGGUAAAAAGAUUGUCGAUGAUUCCUCCUCCGUCUUGGACCUGGGAGACAGGUUUGAAACUGUUGAAACCAUAUCUGCGAAUCACCGAGAAAUGAUCAAAUACAAGACCAGGAACGACGAAGGUUACCGGGCAGUUCAUAAAGUACUGAAGAACUUCCUGAGGGACUUAGAGUCCGGUCAGCUCGACGCAUCUGGUAUAGCAGAACUUCCGGCAAAUGAUGAAUCUCUAGGUCUCUUUACGCCUCCGGUUGAGCUCCCUGUGCCGAUCGAAGCUCAUCACAUCAUACCUCCUCGAAACAACGGUCCUUUCGUGGGACGAGAUGGAAUCAUGUCUGCUCUGAAUCAACUUCGAGAACAGACAGAAACACAUGCGCGCGCAGCGCUCGUAGGGCUGGGAGACUUUGGAAAAUCUGACAUCGCACUCCAAUACGCGCACCAUGUCAAAGAAUCCGAAUCGCACACUCAUAUCUUGUGGAUCCACGCUAGCAAUCCAACUGAGUUCAAGCGAGACCUCGAAGAUGCCGCAGAGAAGAUUCUGUCCCCGGAGAUGAGACAUUCGAAUAUGGAUCAUUUACAAUUGAUGCAUGAUUGGCUCAGUGAUGUUACAAAUGGGCAAUGGGUGAUGAUCUUAGACGGAGUAGACGACAGCAUUGAGCCGCUUGAGAGAUACAUCCCGUCUUCUUCGACCGGAACUGUCAUUGUGACAUCGAGAAACCGAGUAUCAGUAUCCAAUUUCGCUGGAUCACACGAGAACGUCAUCGAAGUUGGCCCGUUAGAAGUCGAAGAUGCGGUUGGUUUAUUCAAAUCAUGCGCGCCAUUCCUUGAGAUCUACCGCCCGGAAGUAAUCAAGGUCGUUUUGUCGGUCGACUGCAUGCCUUACGCGAUCCGUCAGGCCGGUGCCAGCAUCAAGGAAAGUGCUUCGCCUAUGCCAGUUGGGCUAUACGAUCUUCAACAAUUCAAAGAACAGAAGCAACACAUCCUAAAGCAACAGUGGAAAGAUCCCAAAGACGCUGGCAUGAAAAAGCAUUCGGUGCUGGAGACGUGGUUGGUGUCUUUUAAGUACAUUUUCAGCACUUGUACACCAGCGGCGGAUAUCCUCUCAUUGAUCAGCGUGUAUGGGGACGGUGAGAUUCCGACCUCGCUUUUCAAACCUAUCUUGAAAGAGGGAGAAGACCAAAUACCGAUCGAUCGGGCGCUCAGGCCAUUAUUAGACUUCUCGCUCAUCAAAAUGACGGAGGGUAGGAAUGCGGUCACAGUCCCCCAACUGGUGCGCCUUUCGGCAAACAUGUGGCUCGAACAGAGCGCUCGCCUGGAGGAGUGGAAAAAAGAAUCAAUUCGUAUCAUGGUAAAUGUAUACCCAAGUGGGGAAUACGGAACAUGGAAAACUUGCGAGGCCCUUAUCCAGCAUGCGACAGUGGUGAUCGAGCAUUCUAUCCGGGAUGGAGAAGAUGCACUCAACAAAGCCCAGAUCUGCCGCAAGCUAGGGAGAUUUUUCAUUCUCAAGAAGAAGUUCAGCGUCGCAGAAGAUUACCUGCAUAGAGAAGUCGGAUACUUGGUAGACGUGAAAGGCCCUAGCGAUGAUGAGACGCUCUCACGUUUGCAAGAUUUCGGUCACAUACUCCGGGUACAAGAAAAGUUUGCAGAAGCGGAAGAGACGUUUCGUCGUGUUAUACAGGGGUACGAAAGUAGACAUGGGCCGAAGCAUCCUACCACAUUUUACGCUAUUAGCCAUCUUGGAGAACUACUUAGCAACUCCGGUAGAUUCAGGGAAGCUGAAGAUAUGCUCCGAGAAGCAUUAAACGGAUUGAAGAAGCUUUCAGGUUAUGGUAAAGGUCACCCAGACACAUUUCCAUACAUUCUUCAUCUUGUAUUAGCUCUCAAAGAGAUGGGAGCCCUCGUUAAGGCGGAAAAGAAGUGGCGCCGUGCGGUCAAGAGUUUUGAAAAGAAGGCCGGACCCGAGCAUCCAAAGACUGUCGCAUGUCGCCACAAUCUGGGAAUUGCACUAGAAUGGCAGGAAAAAUACGAAGAUGCAGAGGUAAUCUACCAUGAGAUCCUCGAAAGACUGGCUAAGAGUCCCGUGACAUGGAACUUGCAGGCCGCAGACACUAUCGACAGGCUUGUUCCGUUGUUGUGGUCCCAGAAAAGGUAUGUCGAAGCCGAAACCCUCGCAUUUCAGGGGGUUGAGGUCAGACAACGAAUUCUUGGGAGUGAACAUCCACAGACUUUCAAGUCUCAGCACACUCUUUCUGCCACGUUUUAUUUGCAGGGGCGUGCGCAAGAAGCUAUCUCCAUGAUGAGAUGUUGCGUCGAAGAACAGGAAAAGGCUUUGGGGUCGGAUUUUCCAGAUGUAAUUUCUGCUCGUAGUAAGUUGAGUCGGUGGCAGGCGGAAGCAGCGGACACGAAAAGUUAG